UGCACACCGACGUAGGCUCGGACAGGUUGAGGCUGAAGCACAGGAGUAUUUUAGAAACUCGCUCUGUUCAUCAUCAGGACCCCAACAGAUUGCUCAACUGGAACAGAUUAAUUGUGGGAAAUGCGCUCAGCAUGUUUCAGGAUGACUAAUGACCGAUGAUAAAAAGGACCUUCCCCGCUGAUGGCAGUGAUGGAGAAUGAGACGUGGCCGCACCCGUCCUACAUCCCUCAUUAUCUUCUCCGUGGUGACCCUUUCGCCUCAAGACUCUCCAGAGAGGCGGAUAUCAUUGCAGCUUUUUACAUCUGUGUCAUAGGAAUCAUGUCUGCAACAGGGAAUGGCUAUGUCAUUUAUAUGACCAUCAAACGCAAGACCAAGUUAAAGCCUCCUGAGCUCAUGACUGUUAAUUUAGCCAUCUUCGAUUUUGGCAUAUCAGUGACAGGAAAGCCCUUCUUCAUUGUAUCUAGUUUCUCCCACCGCUGGUUGUUCGGGUGGGAGGGUUGUCGCUUCUACGGCUGGGCAGGUUUCUUCUUUGGUUGCGGGAGCCUCAUCACAAUGACUGUGGUCAGUCUGGACCGAUACCUCAAGAUCUGCCAUCUCAGAUAUGGGACGUGGUUAAAACGCGAGCAUGCCUUCCUGUGCCUGGCCUUUGUGUGGAUGUAUGCAGCUUUCUGGGCCACCAUGCCCCUGAUUGGCUGGGGAAACUAUGCCCCGGAGCCCUUUGGGACCUCCUGCACACUGGACUGGUGGUUGGCACAGGCCUCUGUGUCCGGUCAGAGCUUCGUCAUGGCCAUCCUGUUCUUCUGUCUCAUCCUUCCCACAGGCAUCAUAGUCUUCUCCUACGUCAUGAUUAUCUUCAAGGUCAAGUCCUCUGCAAAGGAGAUUUCACACUUUGACGCCCGCAUCAGCAACAGCCACGCGCUUGAGAUGAAACUCACAAAGGUGGCAAUGCUGAUCUGUGCAGGCUUCUUGAUAGCCUGGAUCCCUUAUGCAGUGGUGUCAGUGGUGUCAGCAUUUGGUGAGCCAGAUUCGGUUCCCAUCCCUGUGUCUGUCAUUCCCACGCUGCUGGCCAAGUCCUCAGCCAUGUACAACCCCAUCAUCUACCAGGUUGUGGACCUGAAGAAUUCCUGCAUGAAUCUCACCUGUUCAAAGGUCCUGAAGAAACGUGGGCAUUUUAGAAAGUCAAGGUUCUACACCAUCUCUGGCCCAUUAAGAAACACUCCACCAGCCAAAGAUGCUCAGAUCGAAAUGUGAGACAGACACUUUAGACUGUGUGAGCCUCUCACCUCGUCUUCUUUGGACAGUUUGCCUUUCUCCCUGCCCUCCGUGCCCAGUCACAUGCUGCCUGUCACCUGCUAUGACAUUAUUACCCGCACAGCUUUUUUGCCCCUGGUUCCGGAGUCUGGCUUGUUUAUGCACCCAGGCUGGAUCUCUGUGUGUUUCCCCCAGUUCCCUGAACUACAACUUGAAACAGAAAAAUGAUCAUCCUGGCAUGAGCUAUGUCCAAUCAGGGUUGUACCUGGGUGUAGCGAGGCUGUUGCCUUUUUUACUCAUACACCUGUGGCUUGUAUACAGUAAAUAUAUCUCAAAAGCACUGAAUCAUGUUACCUUAUGUUCUCAUCAGUUGUUUAACUGCACAAAAGGAGACGUUCUGUCACUGUAACCAGCAAGACGGACAAAUUUGCUGUCGUGUCUGUGGUGUGAACAUGAGCUACUGCUACUACUACUAUUUUUAUGCUGUGAUGUACUACUCCUGGUUCACCACAUCCACUUCAAAACUGUCUCAGAAAAGGCUAAAGACAUUGAUGAUGCUAUGAUGCUUGUGGAGCUUGCUAGUUUUCAUUAAACGGAUUGUCUGUGCCAGGGUAGAGAGCUCUCUCUGACCUAUAUGAAAUUCCACUCAAAUGUCCAUGAGCUUCUUCAGAGGAGUCGAGACAUGGGGACUGACCGCGACAGACUUCUCCUGAUCAACUCUCUCUAUCCUCUUGCCCUUGUCCGUAUUUCUCAGGUUGAUUCCAAUGAAGCGCCUGAAAAAUACAGCAGUCUGAGGUUUGAGGCUGGAUAGAAAUAGUCUGCUACUAUUUGAAGUAGAUGCGCAUUAUGAACGUGAAAAGAAAAAAACAGAGAGACUUAUCAGAAAAAUGUAAAAGAAAAAUCACCGCAUUUGGCGAUACAUGAUUUUCACUGGACAGGAAAGGUAUGAAAAUUUGUAAUCUAAACAGUAACUAGUAAUUAAAGCUGUCAGACAAAUGUAGUGGAGGAAAAAAGGACAAUAUUUUCCCCUGAGAUGUAGUGCAGUAGAAGUAUAAAGCAGCAUAAAAAUGGAAAUACUAAAGUAAAGUACAAAUACAUCAAAAUUGUAAGUUAGUACAGUACUUAAGUGAAUGUAACAUUCCACCACUGCUGAAAACAGAGCAGCAAGCCCCAUCACAAAGAUGCCCUCACCUAUGACACGACCCUCUGUUAUGGUUUGUGGGUUCCAUGUCUUGUGUUGUACUGUUUUGCCUUGUUUAUUCUUAUGAUGAUUUUAUGUUUGGUCUAGUUCUGGUUUCAUCAUCCCAGCGCAUUUCAUCACAUCCCAGUUGUCUUAGUGUGUAGUCCUGCUUCUGCGUUUUAGGUAUUUUUCUUUAGAUCUACUUUGUUGUUUCUCUGUUUAGGUUUUACAUGUGUUCUGUUUGAUUCUACUUUAAAGGUUGAGUGUGUAAGUUUUAGUGACAUCUAGUGGUGAGAGUGGAGAAUUGCACCCC